GAUUCAGAGCCGCGGCGGAGAUUAUAUUGCUUGAAUAAAUUGCAGCAGAGCUUGUAUAAAUUAAGCAGUGGGACCCUCGAGUCUGAUAUUGUGGGGAUACCAGGGUCACAAUUGGCGGACACAGAUCUUGAAACGUCAUGCUAGUGACGACUAGUUGGAGCAGAAUUGAGUCAAAUGAUUUGUCGAAAGAAGUUGCAAGUAGAAGAUGCCCAAUCAAAUGACGGUGCUGAUAUUCAUGCCGUCGUGCCUCAGGCAUCGACCGUUCUUUGCAUUGUCGGCUGCAUAUUGCAUCUGCCCGCAUUUCUUCUAGAAACUUGCCUCAAAUGGACUAGGUUUCAUCUAGUUGACGGGUCACGGUUACCCGGGUAUCGGAGACCGGAUCUCAGACCCCAGAUGGCAGCAAGCUCCGUUCUCUUUUCAGCAAGCCUGUGUGAGCACGUUGUCCGUCCCGAGUCCCGCGUUUGGAUGACGACUGAAGGACCGAAAUAUCAGACUGAGGAAUGCUUGAAACCAUAUGCAUUUGGAAGGCGACAUCGGGAGGUUCGGGAAGGGGAUGCGACAAGCUCACCCUCUCUCACCUGCAUGAGCGUUUUAUCAAUCCACAUGUUGUCCCAAAUGUACUCCACAGCUUGAGGACGUAAGGUUUGUAGAAGGGGGAUGUCCUCUGGGCCGGAGGAACUCGUCUUCGCGAUUGAGCCGCUCCUUGUCAAUCUGCUCCUCCCUUUUCUCCGCUCCAUUGGGCCUGAAAGAUGAAGACGCUUGCUACUGCAGCUCGCACUCACUGUCUCGCAGCGGAUUUC